UUUCUACCGUCCGCUGGUGCUGGGAGCGCGCCUGCCUUCUCUUGCCUUGAAAGCCUUCUGUCUGGACCUAGCCACCACUUGUCUUCACGGUGAUGUUGGACUCUGUAACCCAUAGCACCUUCCUGCCCAACGCUUCCUUCUGUGACCCCCUGAUGUCUUGGACCGAUCUGUUCAACAAUGAAGAAUAUUACCCUGCCUUUGAGCAUCAGACAGCAGCCUGUGAUUCCUACUGGACAUCAGUGCACCCUGAAUACUGGACCAAGCGCCAUGUCUGGGAAUGGCUCCAGUUCUGCUGUGACCAGUACAAGCUCGACGCCAACUGCAUCUCCUUCUGUCACUUCAACAUCAGCGGUCUGCAGCUGUGCAGCAUGACGCAGGAGGAGUUCAUUGAGGCAGCCGGCAUCUGUGGGGAGUACCUGUACUUCAUCCUCCAGAACAUUCGCUCACAAGGUUAUUCCUUUUUCAACGAUGCUGAAGAGACUAAGACCGCCAUCAAAGAUUAUGCUGAUUCCGGUUGCUUGAAAACAAGUGGCAUCAAGAGUCAAGACUGUCACACCCGAACAAGCCUCCAAAGUUCUCACCUGUGGGAGUUUGUCAGAGACUUGCUUCUGUCUCCUGAAGAAAACUGUGGCAUCUUGGAGUGGGAAGACAGAGAGCAGGGCAUCUUCCGAGUGGUUAAGUCAGAGGCCCUGGCAAAGAUGUGGGGACAAAGGAAGAAAAACGACAGGAUGACGUACGAAAAGUUGAGCCGAGCCCUGAGAUACUACUAUAAAACGGGAAUUUUGGAGCGGGUUGACCGGCGGUUAGUGUACAAAUUUGGAAAAAAUGCGCACGGGUGGCAGGAAGAGAAACUAUGAUCUACACCGGACACCAGGCUCACUUCAUGGAUUGCUGUUGUUUGAAACAAUCAGACCAAACCAGACAUUUGAAAGUCUUCCUCCUCC